AAAGUGGGAUGUUUUCAAGACCGUGGCGCCGAAGGGAAAGCUGGAAGGAAGAUUAGGGUUUUGAGCGCCUACAUCUUGGUGAGCGGCAUUGGAAACGCCCUUGCCAUCCCUGCAAGAGCGUUACCUUUCAAUCUUUGAGCUCGUGAAGCCUCCGUGCAAAACAAGAGCUAGCUCAGCGCUUACCUAGUAGGUGGGCAGCAGACUUCAGAUGCCGCAUCUGAUGCGAUUGGAGUUUUUCUGAACCUGUCCGCGCCAUUCUUUUUGGUCCUCUGCCAACAUAGCAAAACAGUUCCCUCAAAACCGAAGCACAAGUUGCAAAGAGGAGCGUAGCGUAGCCGCCCCCAUGUCGAAGAAAAACAAGCUGAGCACGAGGAAGCGCCUUCACGAUGCGGAACUUAAGAAGGAGCGAGAAGAGAAGGACAAGCGAGAGGCCAAGAUGAAGAAAAAGGCGGAAAAGCUAAAGGUCAACCCUGGUAGUUCGUUGGCGAAACAACACAAGAGAGGCUUAAAGGUGGGUCGGCAAAAGCAGUUCCGGUUAGCAAAGCCGGCCGAGAAGCGGAAGCAGAAGGCAUUGAGUGCAAUGGAUCUUGAUUAACAUAAGCAGCUCUACGUGUAGUAAUUUAUGUACAUAUAAGGGAGCAUUGAAGUUCUUCUCAGGUCUUACGAUCUGAACUCGGUUCAAGACCGAGGUGAUACCUUCGAGCUUGUUGUGAAGUCGCUUGACUUGAUCACGCGGUUAAAUCCAAGAUUGGCCCGACUGUACCUGCAUAAGUGUUAUCUGUGAAGGUAAUAGGGCUUACACGGGGGACGUUUGCAAGUAAGCUAAUGCAUCAUUGGAACCGAGAAAUUUUCUGAGGCCGUUGUCCAGACCCACAUUUAUUCACGAAGUAUGCCACCGGACAGCGC